GAGUGAGGUCCCGUCCAGCCGAGCAACAUGUCAGUUCUGCCAGUCCUGUUUGAGCACAUCGAUAAGAACCAGGAUCUGUAUGUUAAGAGACUGGCAGAAUGGGUAGCAAUCCAGAGUGUGUCAGCCUGGCCAGAGAAAAGAGGUGAAAUCAAAAGGAUGAUGCAGGUAGCUGCUAAGGAGAUUGAACGUCUUGGUGGUACAACUGAACUGGUAGACAUUGGCAAACAAAAGCUACCUGAUGGCACAGAGAUCCCCCUGCCUCCCGUUAUCCUUGGCAAACUAGGUUCAGAUCCUGGAAAGAAAACUGUAUGCAUUUAUGGCCAUCUGGAUGUCCAGCCAGCAGCUCUGGAAGAUGGGUGGGACAGCGAGCCCUUUGUUUUGCAGGAAAGAGAUGGCAAGCUGUAUGGAAGAGGCUCUACAGAUGACAAAGGCCCUGUACUUGCAUGGUUAAACUGCAUAGAAGCUUAUCAGCAAACUAAGCAGGAACUUCCUGUCAAUCUCAAGUUCUGCUUUGAAGGAAUGGAAGAGUCUGGAUCAGAAGGCUUAGAUGACCUUAUAUUUGCACGGAAGGAUUCAUUUUUCAAGGGUGUGGACUACGUUUGCAUUUCAGACAACUACUGGCUAGGCAAAAAUAAGCCAUGUAUCACUUACGGUCUCCGUGGAAUCUGCUACUUUUUUAUUGAGGUGGAAUGCAGCUGCAAAGAUCUUCACUCUGGUGUAUAUGGAGGCUCUGUGCAUGAAGCAAUGACUGAUCUCAUUGCACUAAUGGGGAGCUUGGUAGACAAAAAGGGAAAAAUCCUUAUUCCUGGCAUCAAUGAGGCAGUGGCACCUGUGUUGAAGGAAGAGAAAGAUAUAUAUGAUGCGAUUGAGUUUGAUCUAGAAGACUUUGCAUGUGAUAUUGGAGCUGACAGACUUCUUCAUGAAUCAAAGGAAAAGAUCUUAAUGCACAGGUGGAGAUUUCCAUCCCUUUCUCUGCAUGGCAUUGAGGGAGCCUUCUCUGCAGCCGGCGCAAAAACUGUCAUCCCCAGAAAAGUAAUAGGAAAAUUCUCCAUAAGACUGGUGCCUGAUAUGAACCCAGAGGAUGUGAAAAAACAGGUGGAAGACUACUUGACCAAGAAAUUUAAAGAGCUAGGAAGUCCAAACAAGUUCCAAGUAACAAUGGGCCAUGGAGGAAAGCCCUGGGUAUCUGACGUUAAUCAUCCUCAUUAUAUCGCUGGCAGAAAAGCAAUGAAAACAGUUUUUAAUGUUGAACCUGAUCUAACAAGAGAAGGCGGGAGCAUUCCUGUAACACUCACCUUCCAGGAGGCAACGGGCAAGAAUGUUAUGCUGCUGCCUGUAGGCUCUGCAGAUGAUGGUGCCCACUCUCAAAACGAAAAGCUCAACAGGUUCAAUUACAUUCAGGGAGUAAAGCUCUUAGGUGCUUACCUGUAUGAAGUGUCCAACCUGGAAUAAAUCUGAUAAAACUACAUCCAAUAAACCUACCAUACAGUUAACAGAAUCCCAAUACCGAUGAAUCAAAAGAAGACCAACACGUUUUAUAUAUGCUGGGGAAAUGCAAUUAAACAGAUUGGAAUUACAA